AUGGCCUCACAUGUGCAAGUUUUCUCCCCUCACACCCUUCAAUCAAGUGCCUUCUGUAGUGUGAAGAAACUGAAAGUAGAGCCGAGUUCCAACUGGGACAUGACUGGGUACGGCUCCCACAGCAAAGUGUACAGCCAGAGCAAGAACAUACCACCGUCUCAGCCAGCCACCACAACCGUCAGCACCUCCUUGCCAAUCCCAAACCCAAGCCUACCUUACGAGCAGACCAUCAUCUUCCCAGGAAGCACUGGGCACAUAGUGGUAACAUCAGCCAGCAGCACUUCUGUCACCGGGCAGGUCCUCGGCGGACCACACAACCUAAUGCGUCGAAGCACUGUGAGCCUUCUUGAUACUUACCAAAAAUGCGGACUCAAGCGCAAGAGUGAGGAGAUUGAGAACACGAGCAGCGUGCAGAUCAUCGAGGAGCAUCCACCCAUGAUUCAGAAUAAUGCAAGUGGGGCCACUGUAGCCACUGCCACCACGUCAACUGCCACCUCCAAAAACAGCGGCUCCAACAGUGAAGGUGACUAUCAGCUGGUCCAGCAUGAAGUGCUGUGCUCCAUGACCAACACAUAUGAGGUUCUAGAGUUCCUGGGCCGAGGGACAUUUGGGCAAGUGGUCAAGUGCUGGAAACGGGGCACCAACGAAAUUGUGGCCAUCAAGAUCCUGAAGAACCACCCGUCCUAUGCCCGGCAGGGUCAGAUCGAAGUUAGCAUCCUGGCCCGGCUGAGCACAGAGAGUGCCGACGACUAUAACUUUGUCCGGGCCUACGAGUGCUUCCAGCACAAGAACCACACGUGCUUGGUCUUUGAGAUGUUGGAGCAGAACCUCUAUGACUUUCUGAAGCAGAACAAGUUUAGCCCCUUGCCCCUCAAAUACAUUCGCCCGGUCCUCCAGCAGGUCGCCACAGCCCUGAUGAAACUCAAAAGCCUGGGCCUUAUCCAUGCUGACCUCAAACCGGAGAACAUCAUGCUGGUCGACCCAUCCAGACAGCCAUACAGAGUGAAGGUCAUCGACUUCGGUUCAGCCAGUCACGUGUCCAAGGCUGUGUGCUCCACCUACUUGCAGUCCAGAUACUACAGGGCCCCUGAGAUCAUCCUUGGUUUACCAUUCUGUGAGGCGAUUGAUAUGUGGUCCUUGGGCUGUGUCAUCGCAGAGCUGUUCCUGGGCUGGCCGUUAUACCCAGGAGCUUCGGAGUACGAUCAGAUUCGGUAUAUUUCACAAACACAGGGUUUGCCAGCUGAAUAUUUAUUAAGCGCAGGGACAAAGACAACUAGGUUUUUCAACCGUGACACAGACUCGCCGUAUCCUUUGUGGAGGCUGAAGACACCAGAUGACCAUGAAGCAGAGACAGGGAUUAAGUCAAAAGAAGCAAGAAAGUACAUUUUCAACUGUUUAGAUGAUAUGGCCCAGGUGAACAUGACGACAGAUUUGGAAGGGAGUGACAUGUUGGUGGAAAAGGCAGACCGGCGGGAGUUCAUCGACCUGUUGAAGAAGAUGCUGACCAUAGAUGCUGAUAAGAGAGUCACUCCGAUCGAAACCCUAAACCACCCCUUUGUCACCAUGACACACUUACUCGAUUUUCCCCAUAGUACACACGUGAAAUCAUGUUUCCAAAACAUGGAGAUUUGCAAGCGUCGGGUGAAUAUGUAUGACACGGUGAACCAGAGCAAAACCCCUUUCAUCACACACGUGGCCCCCAGCACGUCCACCAACCUGACCAUGACCUUUAACAACCAGCUGACCACUGUCCACAACCAGGCUCCCACCUCCACCAGUGCUACUAUUUCCUUAGCCAAUCCCGAAGUCUCCAUACUAAACUACCAAUCUGCACUCUACCAGCCCUCAGCGGCAUCCAUGGCUGCAGUGGCCCAGCGGAGCAUGCCCCUGCAGACAGGAACAGCCCAGAUUUGUGCCCGGCCUGACCCGUUCCAGCAAGCUCUCAUCGUGUGUCCCCCCGGCUUCCAAGGAUUGCAGGCCUCUCCCUCUAAGCAUGCUGGCUAUUCCGUGCGAAUGGAAAAUGCAGUCCCCAUUGUCACUCAAGCUCCAGGAGCUCAGCCUCUUCAGAUCCAACCGGGUCUGCUCGCCCAGCAGGCCUGGCCGAGUGGGACCCAGCAGAUCCUGCUUCCCCCAGCAUGGCAGCAGCUGACUGGAGUGGCCACCCACACGUCAGUGCAGCAUGCCACUGUGAUUCCCGAGACCAUGGCGGGCACCCAGCAGUUGGCUGACUGGAGGAACACGCAUGCUCACGGCAGCCAUUACAAUCCCAUCAUGCAGCAGCCUGCACUAUUGACCGGUCAUGUGACCCUUCCUGCAGCCCAGCCCUUAAACGUGGGUGUGGCCCAUGUGAUGCGGCAGCAGCCAACCAGCACCACCUCCUCCCGGAAGAGUAAGCAGCACCAGUCAUCUGUGAGAAACGUCUCCACCUGUGAGGUGUCCUCCUCUCAGGCCAUCAGCUCCCCGCAGCGAUCCAAACGCGUCAAGGAGAACACACCUCCCCGCUGUGCCGUGGUGCACAGCAGCCCGGCCAGUGGCACCGCUGCCACAUGCGGAUGGGGCGACGUGGCCUCCAGCACCACCAGGGAGCGGCAGCGGCAGACAAUUGUCAUUCCCGACACCCCCAGCCCUACGGUCAGCGUCAUCACCAUCAGUAGUGACACGGACGAGGAGGAGGAACAGAAACACGCCCCCACCAGCACUGUCUCCAAGCAAAGAAAAAAUGUCAUCAGUUGUGUCACAGUCCACGACUCUCCCUACUCCGACUCCUCCAGCAACACCAGCCCCUACUCUGUGCAGCAGCGCACCGGGCACAGCAACGCCCACACCUUGGACACCAAGGGGAGCCUGGAGAGUCACUGCACUGGGAACCCCCGAACGAUCAUUGUGCCACCCCUGAAAACCCAGGCCAGCGAAGUAUUGGUGGAAUGUGACAGCCUGGUGCCAGUCAACACCAGUCACCACUCGUCCUCCUACAAGUCCAAGUCCUCCAGCAACGUGACCUCCACCAGCGGUCAUUCUUCAGGGAGCUCGUCUGGAGCUAUCGCCUACCGGCAGCAGCGGCCGGGCCCCCACUUCCAGCAGCAGCAGCCGCUCAAUCUCAGCCAGGCCCAGCAGCACAUCACCGCGGACCGCGCUGGGAACCACCGCCGGCAGCAGGCCUACAUCGCUCCCACCAUGGCUCAGGCCCCGUACUCCUUCCCGCACAACAGCCCCAGCCACGGCACUGUCCACCCCCACCUGGCCGCCGCGCACCUCCCCGCCCAGCCCCACCUCUACACCUACACGGCGCCCGCUGCCCUGGGCUCCACAGGCACCGUGGCCCACCUAGUGGCCUCCCAAGGCUCGGCACGCCACACCGUGCAGCACACUGCCUACCCGGCCAGCAUCGUCCACCAGGUCCCCGUGAGCAUGGGGCCCCGGGUCCUGCCCUCGCCCACCAUCCACCCGAGUCAGUAUCCAGCCCAGUUCGCCCACCAGACCUACAUCAGCGCCUCGCCAGCCUCCACCGUCUACACUGGAUACCCACUGAGCCCCGCCAAGGUCAACCAGUACCCUUACAUAUAAACACUGGAGGGGGAGGGAGGGGGAGAACAGGUGGGGAGGAGGGGGAGGCGGGGAGGGCGCUCCUGGGACGGAGCCGGCUUUUUAUACUGAAGAUGCCGCACACAAACAAUGCAAGCAGGCAGGGGCGGGGGGCCGGGGACAGGGACGGCGAAGGGACACAAAUAAAACUUGAACCAGGAGGUGGGAGGACUUAGAGCAGAGAAGAGAACAUUUUAAAAAGGAAGGGAUUAAGGAGGGGGGGAAAUCUAUGCUUUUUAUUUUAAAAAAGAAAAAGAAAAAAAAAAGAAAACGUCAGUAAGAAGAAAACACAGCUCACGAGCCCAUUCUGCACCCAACUGGAAAGAAGAGGAGAACAACAGGAAGCUUCUGGAAGUGGGGGGGGCCCCAGUUUUUGAAAAACUUUAUCUAUGAACUUUUCAAAGAUUAUUUUCAUAUGACAGCAAGUGACACUGAAGACUUCGCUGUCAAGAACACCUGAUAUGAAAAUCCAAUAGAUUUUUAAUUAAUUGAACAUGAGAAUUAGGGAUUUUUCCAGAACUCUAAAGGGUCAACACCCCUCCAGGAUGUCAGGCCGUGGCCUGAGGAGGCUGAUAUUUGGGGGUUGGUCUGGGGUUGGUGAAGCCCAGUCCUGGCUCAUCGGUCAGGAAUGACAGGUCUCCGGGGAGUGGCCAGGCUGACGGAAAACCCCCGGGGAGAGGGGCAGAUUGUCUUUUUCUGAGCACUCUGGAUAAAUCCCUAAGCAAUGUUAUUCCUCAAAUGUCAUUAAUAACGUGUGUUGCAAACUUUAGUUUUUUCCUUUUCUGAAGAUUUAUUUUCUCUCUGAAUCAACCCCUAGUCACGUAGCAUAGGGCUAGCGGACGUUGUGGACACCCUAGUAGAAUGUAGCACUCUGCACCCUCGUUCCUACCUUGUGUUCAACUCCAAUGAUACCAAUAGACUAUUCCUCAAUGUAAUUGCACAAAAAAAAGCGAUAUAACAUAGGCAUGUAACCAAUGUGGCGGCCCAGGUGUGCGGGUGUGUGGGUGCGCCGCCUCCCUCGGCCCUCGGCCCGCGCGUCCCCGGCCCGCCACCACAGCUGGCGCAGUCUUGAUUCUACAUCAUUCCCUCCUAGUGCCUUACCGAACGACAGACGCGGUGUGAGGGUUUACUUCCACUGGUACUCCAAGAAGCCGACUGAGGUUAGUCAGACACAAUCUCAGCUCUUCUGUUGUGCUGUUGUAACAGUUUACUCUGGUCUUUCCUUUUUUGUUUUUUUUUUUGAUUUAAUUUUACUUUAAUGCCCAUUGUCUUUCUUAGGCUGUUGGCUAGCGGAAGGAUGUCAGGGAAGCUGGCAGGAGCUAGAGGGAGAGUGUCCGUGGAUCUCGAGAGAGACGUGGGAGGCAGAUACUGGGCAGGUGCAUCUGAUGGCUUUAGUUGAGUUGUACUUUGGGGACAGAGACCCAGAGAGACUCCCCAGCCUCUGCCCUUGCCCCACUGUGCCCGCAGCCCUGCCCGUCGGGCCAGCCCUGCCAUUUGUGGGACCUCCAGGACCACCACAGCCUGCGUGUGUGGCCGUCUCCCUUCCCGGGCUGCGUCCCCCAGGCCCCCCAAAGAGAUCCCAGCAUCCUCAGACUCACCCCACACUUCACUCUCCCCCAGCUCCCUGGACUGGGUUUUGCUCUCAAGAUUUUGCCAGAUCCCGCCCUCUGGAGACAACCACCAGCCUCUGUUUGCUCUUGAAUUCUUUUCCUCACAUUCAUUACCCAGGUCUGCUCAAGACACGAUUUUGGUUUUGGUUUCCGAGGGGGCUGGUGGGCAGAAGGUCGGAGGCACGCUACGAGGGCAGCCAGGGCGGUCUCACGCUGCACUUUGGAAAACACUCCUGUGGAUAGUUACGUUUCCAAAGAAAUCUGCCCUUUGCCCUCUUUGCACCUUUGAUACAUUCUUGAAGUUUUCUCAGGCUUUGAAAUUGGGGGCGGGAGGGGGUGGGGAGUUCCCUCUACUCAGUAAAUAUCUCUGAAAUAUGUGAAUGUGGAUGUCAGGGGAAUCUGGUCGAGGACGACCUUUUAAAAGGGUGGUUCUAAUUGUUUGGUUCUGAGGCUGAGUCCUUACCUGACCCUACAGCCAAGUUUCCAAGGUGCAAAGAGGCCUUCCUGCUCCGGCAGCCCCUUCCUCAUCCUCCUCCCCAUGCUCCUCACUCUGCAGCCUCGCGGAAGCGUCUACUGUGAACGGUGUUUUGUAGUGACAUCCACCCUACUUCAGUAACGAAGCCGUUACUUAGCUCUUAGCUGUGAACUAACUCUGGAAACUUCCCCACUCCAGUCAUAAAUUCUUACUUAUCUUAUAAAGAAAUAGGUCCCCAAACUGGAAACAGCUUAUUCCGGGCCCUGGGCGAGAAGGAAGGACACCACCACCUGCUGAGCACACUCGGGCAGCGGCGCUGCCGAGCCCCUGCUGGAGGCAGAGUCGCUAUGAGGCCGCUGGCAGCAGAGAGGUGGUGUCCUCAGGCGUGAUCAAUCCGUCUCUAUCCGGAGGUGGGCUAUCCGGAGGUGGGAUGGUGCCGUCGCUCUGAGAUAACAGAAAAGGAUGGGUUCAGGGAGGGCGAGGGGAGCCACGCCUUCACAGGACACAGGAGCCAGGUCCCUCCCGGAGCUGGGCCAGCCUGGAAAGCAUGUCUGUUAAGGGACUCUUGGCAGCCAGGUGGCAGCAAUGUCCCAUCAGAUCUGCUCUUACCGAGUCCCAAGGCGUCUUGUCUUGGCUGCAGAUGAGCCUCAGUUUGCCUUAUCGGAUAGCACCCUGAACUCCCUGGCACAGUUCCCUUCUAGCCCUUUCUAGAUCUGAUCUCUUAGGGGAAAAGAUGAUUUAAAAUGUUCUUUUCAUUUUGAAGAAAAUUCUUUUGUCUGCUUACGUUGGAAACUUCUUACUCUUUCACCUGACAUUUUUUUUCCUUCUUCCAGAUCAGGAAUGAAAGUUCCAUGCUGCUCAUAAAGAUAAUAUUAUUGUACUAAUUAUUUUUGUUAUUACCAUUGUAAUUAUGAUCAUCAUCAUGUUGAUACUGUAGUCAGGGUUUCAAAUGCACAGUUAUUCCAAGUAUCUUUGUGUUUUAUCUUUAAUAUUUAAACUUAUUUUAUUAUAUCUGUGAGUAUAUGAGUAGACUGGAGGGACAUACAAAUGUCCAGUUUUGUCAGGCAAAAAAAAAAAGAAAAGGAAAGACCCAGGAAUUAGGAAAAUUGUUUCUGUCAUCUCUAUCCCACGAAGAGCCGUCAGGAAAGACGCACCACGGGACAAAAGUUUGAAGAAGAAUCAAAGCCUUUUUCUCAUGCAGCCCAGAUUGGGCUUUUGACAACAUGGUCACUCACCAUCAAUAUUAUCUCUUUCUGGAUUCCCAGUGGCCUAGGACGAGAUCUGAGGGAGCAGCUCCCGGGCUCAGGGAAUGCUGAGUCACCAACUGUCCAGCCCUUAGCUGGCUUCUCUCCCACGCCCUCUGCGCUCUCCUGCGCUUCUGAAAUCUGUCAGCUAGGUCCUGGGCCUGCCUCUGACUUUUAAGCAAAGAAAUCCCUGCCCGCGCUCACCCAGCCCCUUUCCCAAACACCCACCCUUUCCCAUCAGCUUAGAUCCUUCAGUGCAGGGACAGUUCCCUCCUCCUGGAAGCCCUGGGUGUGAUAGGCUGACGUUAGAGUGACAGGCAGCGGUACCUCCCCCAGGAAAUUCAGCCUCGCCCCCCCUCCUUCCAUUCACUAACCUAACUACCUGCUUUCUCAGCCUGUCCCCCAUGCAUCCUGCCCGCACACAGUUCUAGCAAGCCAAAAGCAGGUAGAGGGUUGGGCAGGAGGCCAGGGAAACCCUGAACAAAGUCCAGCUGCUGCUCAGAUGUUGCAGGCCGUGUCCCCUCUGAAAGCAUCGGCCAAGGGAGGGGCACAGUGGGGCCCGCGGCCAUCCUCACUUGGCUCCAGCCGCAUCCCUCAGUGUGCUGCACUGUGUGUGAUGGGUGCCCACACACUACCCCCCAAGCCCAGAAACUGCCAGGCCCAGGGGGAGAACGGGGUGAAAAGGCCGGCCUCACUGAAGGGAAGUGAGACGGCAGCAGACGUGAGUGCGCUCCCCCAUCCUCCCUCUCCUGGCGGCCUCCUCCAGCCCACGCACAGAGCUGGCGCAUCAGAAGCCGCGGAGAAGCUCCCUGCAGGAGGGGCCAGCUCCGCGUGCGCUCCUUAGCGUGCUUGCCCGAAUCUCCCAUUGGUCCUCCAGCACCGAAUCACGGUGGCAAACAGGAUGAAUAAAAGGCCGCUGUCCCUGGGACCAAGCCGUCCAUCAGAGAGAUGCCAACCCAGUCCUUAUUUAGGCCACAAAUAACCUAGAGCACCACUUAAUUGGUUCCAUCCUUCCUUCUCAAACAAACACCGUUCAGAGUAAGAGGGGACGACUUAUAAGGACAGGUCAUGGAGAAACGUCUAACCGGAGCCUCGUGAACCACGGACGGUUUGCGGCUGCCUGCUGGGUUCUGCUGACCCGCCGGGUGCUGGCACCCAUGUCUCUGUGCUUAGUGCCUCUUCAUGAUGUUUCGGAUGUUUCCAAGGGAAGGGGGUGAGCAGGCCAAGGAGUGGGAGAGUCCAAGGCUUGAUGCCAGUUCAUACUGUGAAGUGGAGCGUGUGGUCGGUGUAACCGGAGGAGCGGGAAGGGCUGGGGCAAACCGGAGUUUGCCUCCCGACGGAGGAGCCUUUCUGGCCUUCCUGGAGGCUGGAGUGUUUGCGGGCUGUGGGAGCCGGCGGGGCAUCGUCCUCUUCAGCCUGGAAGACCCCACCUGCCCAGACACCAGCAUGUGGGAUGAACGUAGGAAGGGAAGGCGGGUUAGCACAGCUGCUGACAGGAUGCUUUCCCUCGACCAGAUCGUGGGAAUUGCAGACACUCGUUUCUGACAAGCGUGCAGGGAGGGUUUGGGUUGUGUGAGCGCGUACGAGUGAGCGGAGCAAACUUUCUUGGAAACUGGAGGGAGGCGUGAGGAGGCUAGAGGAAGUCUUACUGAUGGUUCACGGUUGAGAGAGGGCGCGGCCCCAGCUCGCCCCAGCUCUCCGCCCGGUGCCGAGCAGAGGGUGCGAUGUGGGACCAACGUGCCUGUUGGCCCAUCACGUAGCCGCUGGGACAGAAAACAGAAAGAAGGAAAUAGCGAGGUGCCCUCAGCCGGCAGAGAGAAUCCAACAGAGGGGCGAGGGCUCCUUCCGCAGGCCAGCCUGGGACUGCGGGAUGCCGGCAGGAAUGACUUUGCCACGACACAUUCCAGCCCCAGGGACUAUGCAGGCUUCUUCCCUGUCUGUCUUUUCCUUCUGAUGUAUUAAUAUACUUCACAGAUUUCCCGUGGGGAAGCCUCAAGAUAGAGCAGGCCAGAGACAUCCUUACCAAAUUGAAAAGGAAGGUGAAACUGUUCCUUUGUUUAGCCAAAGAACCCUUCUCAAAGACACCUCCAGAGAUGGACAAAAUGGCAUUCCUCUCAUUCCUUUCCAGGCAAUAAUGACAUCGUUAGUGAUGCGAUUCCAUUUGUCUUUCUCUUUCCUCUCUAUCCUUUUUUUUUUAAUUGCAUUUAUUUCAAAACUACGCCCAUCUUUUAAGAGGAGUGGAGUAGUCAUCCUCAGUGCUGCUGCGUUGGGAACCGGAGGCACCGCAGGAAUCCGUGGGCCUAAGUGACCUCACGGUCCUGCGAGAGCCACAGAGCUGCCGCCCGCAGUCGGGCUGCGUCGGGGGCCAAGAGCUCAGGAGAGCUGUACUUUUCCACUUUGAUGCCUUAGAACUCUCACUUCUAAUCUCCAGACUAGACUCAGUCAGAUCUCAGGCUACUAGAGAAUGGCAGAGGGUAAAGGGAUUUGAACGCCAGACUUAGAGGCUUUUGGCACCGUCGCUCGCUGUAGUGACCCAAGACGGUAGAGAUUUCUCGCGUCUUUGUCGCAGUUUCCAGAAGUUCAAGAAAGAGCUAGCUCCCAGCCAGCUCUCACCCUCAGACUCGGUGAGAGUUUGCAGAGAAGGGCCCCUGCAGGGCGCGUGUCACAGAACACCAGCAGCAGAGGGGGUCUUCCACACGCCUUUGAGAGCCCCUCAUCUCAGGCCCCUGCACAGGCACGUUAUGUCAACUCUCUUGUUUGUUAAAACUUGCAGACUCCCUCGAGCAGCGGCCAGCCUUCGCGGAAUGCUUUCAGUGCUCCAGGCCCCGGCCAGGCCCUUCGCGGGUCAUCUCACGGGGCCCCCACAGCCACCCCUUAUUUACAGCUGAGGAAGCUGAUGGAUGCUCUAACACAGCAGCAUGUGUUAAAGCAAAGGAAACACACUGGUAGUCUAGAAUCCCCAAGUUUCAAUGCUUUGUUAAUCAGGCCUUUACUGAGAUGUGAUUUUGUUUCGCUUUUUAAAUUAACGGCAGUGAGGGCCUCAUAUUUCUGAUGAACCCUUCAGUGGUACUCCCAUUUACUGUGUGCCAAACACUGUGCUGAGAAUUGCCCACUGGUUGUCUUGUUUAGUCCUCACAAUAACCCUGUGAGAUCAGCAAUACUAGUCCCUCUGCACGUGAAGCGUGUGGCUCGCAGAGCUCGUAACCUGCGGGGGUUGGGGGGGCGGGCAGGGCUCGAACCUGGCUCUGUACAGCUCCACAGCCGAGCUUGCGGCCGUUCACCUAGCUGUCCCCCUGCGUAUGUGCAAAGAAAGGCCUUUAAGCAAUGUCGCCCGGUAGCACCCCUGCACCGUGGAACUCCGCAGAAGGGCUGUGCAGAGAGGGAGCGCCUGGGCUGGAGGCAGGCAGAAGGGACAGAAUUAGUUUGACGUUUAGAGAAAAUCUCUGGGGAGUUUCUUUUGAUUCAUAGUAGAAUUCCUUUUAGAUUUCUUUCCAGCGUACAAACUAGCUUUAGUAGUGCUGCUACAACAAACUCUUAUAACUAAGAGUGGAGAAAAAAGUGUUCUUUUCUUCUUUUAAAAAAAAAAUAAUAAUUUUUUCUUGCUUAUAGUUAAUUCUAGAAAGGCAAUACUAAAGGUAUAUUUUUUUUUUCAAAAUGCUAUUUUUUACUGCACUUCAUAAUUACGAUGACAGCUCUGAUCUCUGUAAUAGAUCCACGCUUCAGCUCUGGGCAGACCAGAUGCUGGGUUCUCACCAAAUUUGUACGUACCACAUGUGGGUCUGGUGUCCAGGAACUUUUUUCUUUCU